AUAUCGUUGUCAGAUCCACAGUCACGGCGACAUAAAAAAUUGGUCGCUCACUUGAAUAGUUGCAAAUACUUGUUUGUAAACGAUAAAAACAUGAAGGCUGUUAAUAGCUUUUAACUCAGUGCCUAGCAGAACACACCGGAAACGUACAAAAUGUUACGAAGAAGAUUUGUGAAUAUAAAGUCUAUAAAGGAACUUGACGCCUUUCCAAAAAUACCAGAAACUUAUGUCGAGCAGUCAGCAGUUGGAGGGACCUUUUCUGUGUUCGUUUUCAUCGCUAUUUCCUACCUCAUCUUCUCCGAGACGAGGUACUUUCUAGACAGCAGACUGCGAUUCCGUUUUACACCGGAUCAUGAAAUCGAUGCCAAACUCAAAAUUAAUGUCGACAUAACAGUGGCUAUGCCGUGCAGCAGGAUAGGAGCGGAUGUAUUGGACUCUACGAAUCAAAAUUUAAUUGGUUUUAAACCCCUUAAGGAAGAGGACACGUGGUGGGAGUUAUCACGAGAACAGCGAUUACAUUUUGAUGCUUUGAAACACGUUAACACCUACCUCAGGGAAGAGUAUCAUGCAAUUCACGAACUUCUAUGGAAGUCUAAUCAAGUUACUCUUUUCAGCGAAAUGCCAAAUAGGACAAUAACUCCAAGUUAUCCUACGGAUUCCUGUCGUGUUUACGGUACCUUGGAGGUGCACAAGGUGGCCGGUAAUUUUCAUAUCACUGCCGGUAAAUCGUUAUCACUGCCACGCGGACACGUACAUAUAUCCGCGUUUAUGACGGAUAAAGAUUAUAAUUUCACUCACAGGAUCAAUCGAUUCUCCUUCGGCGAACCAAGUCCUGGAAUCGUUCAUCCUCUCGAGGGUGAUGAAAAAGUCGCCACUGAUAAUAUGAUGCUGUAUCAAUACUUUGUGGAAGUGGUACCCACGGAUAUCAGCACGUUACUCCGAACCUCAAAGACUUAUCAGUACAGUGUGAAAGAUCACGAGAGACCAAUAAAUCAUCACAAAGGUUCUCACGGUACUCCAGGAAUAUUUUUCAAAUACGACACCAGCGCUUUAAAAAUCGACGUAACGGAGGAGCGAGAUUCGCUGAGACAAUUUGUGGUUAAGUUGUGCGCUAUUGUUGGUGGUGUGUUUGUAACAAAUGGACUGGUGAAAGCUGCAGUACAAAGUUUCUGGUAUUUGAUGUCGUGUAAGUUCAUGAAAGAAAAGGGUAGCAGUGAUAAAAAGGUGAACCCUCCUUCGCAAGAGAGUUUCACAAAAUUACAAAAAUCUAUCGAAACAAAUGAAUUAUUAAAGGUGUCGAAUAGCAUGAACGUAGAUUUGGCAGUGAAUGUGCAAUAAACGCGUGUUUCAUUAAUA